GUGGAACUAUUACAAUUGAAGUGUUAUUUGCAAAAAAGAAAAUUAUCAAUGCUAUUUUAUUUCAUGCAUCGAAUUUCUUGAAAAGUGGUGCACAGGUAUUUAAACGAGCACAUAUAUGGUUCUCCUCUCAAGGUGGAGGUCAAUAUUCACCGAGAACGUUGUAUUUUAAUUAUGUCCCAGAUAAAAAUUUCCAGUCAGCAAGAUGGGUAAGAAUACCGGUGCCAAGUCGAAUUGCUAAGGAAUUACGAGUGGAACUAACAUCGGCAAAAAAUAGCAGCUGGUUAUUGCUGAGUGAAAUCAAAUUUGAAUUUGCAAAUGAAAUAAUCGAUUCGGAUUAUUUGAAUGAUGAGGAAUUUGAUUUGGAUAACCAAUCAAGUAAAGGUGAUACGUUGACUUAUUUUGCUAUCAAUGAUACAUCUGAAGAUGGCACACGAUGGAUAUCAAUUGCUGUAAUAAUAUCACUCCUCUUCCUAUUCUGUGCUCUCAUUAUCCUUUUCUAUUUGCUUUGGAUUUAUCGUAGUACAUUUUCACGCAAAGGACCAUUUAUUGUAUUGAAGAAAAAUUCGAAAGAUGUACGAAUGAUAAUUGAAGGACAAACUGCUAAACGUACAUCACCCAAUGCUUAUCGUAUGACCAAUGAUAAUAUGCAAAAUUUGCUAUUGGAAAGACUUCACGCCAAUCAAUCGACCGGUGGUGAAUAUGCUGAACCAAAUUACGUCAGUGAGGCAAACCUUGCUGACUGGAAAUUUUUAUCUGGGACAUAA